AUCUGGAGAGGACGAAGGCAUUUCUCAAAUGCCCCACAGACAAGGGAUUCUCAUCUCUGCGUACAUCCCUCUUACCCAUUUGAAUCUAUUCUGUCCUGAAUCCUGCAUCCCUGACUCCAUGCUUUCGGAGGCAUUUUGAAUUUCCUUGGCAACAUGGAGCUGCCUGAAUUAGAAUUCUCUGCAUGACAGUCCUGGUAAGCAGAAGGAUGGUGUCCGGAGAAGCAGGGGGGCAAAGCUACUUGGUGGCGUGCUGGCAGCCCAUCCUGAUCCUGAUGCUGGGCACCGUCCUUUCUGGCUCCACCACUGGCUGCCCCUCCCGAUGUGACUGCCAGGGUCAGGAACGUUCAGUCGUGUGCCAUCGACGGAGAUUGGCAGCUCUUCCUGAGGGUAUUCCUACUGAAACAAGGCUAUUAGACCUCAGCAAGAACCGUCUGAAGACCCUGGGGCCUGAGGAGUUCAUAAACUAUCCUCAGCUGGAGGAGUUGCAACUCAAUGAAAAUACUAUUUCAUCCAUUGAGCCUGGAGCAUUUAGCAACCUUAUGAACCUCCGAACUCUAGGUUUGCGCAACAACCAGCUGAAGCUCAUUCAGCUGGGGGUGUUCACAGGUUUGACCAACCUUACGCAGCUGGAUAUAAGCGAAAACAAAAUUGUCAUUCUACUCGACUACAUGUUUCAAGAGCUGUACAAUCUGAGGGCUUUGGAGGUUGGUGACAAUGACCUAGUCUUCAUCUCACCACGAUCAUUUCACGGCCUCAGCAACCUCGAAAGUCUAAACAUUGAGGGAUACAAACUGGCGUCAGUGCCCACAGAUGCCCUUAGCCAUCUGCAUAACCUGUUGUCACUUCGAUUAUGCUGUCUUAAUGUCACUGUCAUAAGGGAUUACUCCUUUAAGAGGCUUUAUCGAUUAAGAGUGGUUGAGAUUUCACAUAUGCCUGCUCUGGAUACCAUGACCCCGAAAAGCUUGUUUGGACUCAACAUUACAUCACUAUCCAUAACAAACUGUAAUCUUACUGUCAUCCCCUACCAAGCCAUAAGUCACCUUAGAUUUCUUCGGUUUUUGAAUUUGUCUUUUAACCCCAUUCAUACUGUGGAAGGGAACCAGCUCUUCAAUCUACAGAAGCUUCAGGCUUUUCAUUUGGCUGGUGGCAAAUUGCUGGUCAUUGAGCCCUACUCUUUCAGAGGGCUCAACCACCUCCGUGUACUCAAUGUAUCAAACAAUAACUUGAGCACCCUGGAAGAGUCCGUUUUUCACUCCGUGGGAAAUCUAGAGACCUUGGCUUUGUAUAAUAACCCUUUGGCCUGUGACUGUCGCUUGCUUUGGGUGUUUCGCAGACGGUGGAGGCUCAACUUUAACAAACAACAGCCAGUUUGUGCUUCGCCAGAGGUUGUGCAAGGAAAGGAGUUCAAAGAUUUUCCAGACAAACUCCCUUCUGACUAUUUCACGUGCCAGAAAUCAAAGAUUGUGGAUUACAAUGUUCAAGAAAGCCAUGUAGAUGAAGGAACUACAGUUAAUUUUGCUUGUCAGGCUGAAGGAGAUCCAGUUCCUGUGAUUAUGUGGCUGUCCCCUAAAAAGGAAUAUGUCACUACCAAGACUGUGGGGACAAGACUCUCUGUGUCUAUUGAAGGUUCAUUAGAGGUGCGCUAUGCCCAAAUCCAAGACAAUGGCACCUACACAUGCAUUGCAAGUAAUGCAGCUGGCAAUGACACUAAAGCUGCUCACCUUUUUGUGCAUAGCUACUCCCCGAAUUGGCCCCACCAGCCAAACAAGACAUUUGCUUUCAUUUCCAACCAGCCAAGUGAUGAAGGUGCUAAUGUGACCCGGACCACAGUUCCAUUUCCAUUUGAUGUAAAGACACUGAUCAUUGCAACUACCAUGGGCUUUAUCUCUUUCCUUGGAGUGGUACUCUUCUGUCUUGUAAUAUUAUUCCUCUGGAGCAGAGGGAAAGACAAUACAAAGUCAAGUAUUGAGGUUGAAUAUGUGCCACGUAAAGAGGAAACUGAGGAAUCCAGUCCAACUGAGCCCCCUGUACAAUUCAACAUGAAAAUCAUGUGAACCCAAGAUGGAGGACAUGUCAGCUUACAAACUGCAGUCAAGAUGCAAAAUACCCUUGCUUAAAAUAUGUACUCAAUUUGAGCGAUAGAAAUUUCACAGCAGUAAACACAUCUUGACAAUAUACCCUCAAGUGUUUUUUUGUUUGUUUGUUUGUUUUUUACUUCAGGGACUGAAUCUUUCACAGCAAGUGUUGAAUUUCCAAUAUUCAGAUUUCUGUAAAUGUAUAUUGGCAAUACUCAGUAUGUUAACAUGCACUCAACUCCGUUUUUGUGUGGAACCAAAAAAAGAGGGGGGUGCUUCAUAUGAGUAAAGCACAAUUUACGCGAUUGGUGGGUUGUAUGUAUAUCUUCCCAUUAGCAGUGGAAGGUGUCACACAGGUGUUGGGAUUAUUUCUGUUGGUUAUGUUUUGCUCUGAUGGAUGUACAGUACAAAGCACAAGAACCCAUUUUAAGAGCCUCAGAUGAAAGUUUUCUCUUGUCCCACCACAAGCAGUUCAGAAGGAGGAUGAGUACUUUUGAUGUGAAAAAAGAAACUGUGGAAAAAAGUCUGAAUACUUAUUUCCACCAAAUACUUUUAUUUAAAAAGUCAUACAGUUGUGAUCAUAAUGCAUUGAAAUAGUCAUUUUAAGAGAUAGAAGACAAAAUGUUAGAAAUGGUGUGAGAUAAUGACUAGAAAAAUGGAUUUGGUUGGUGAAUUAGAUACAUAAGACUCUUGUGCUGUUGUCCUGUAGAAACCAAAACUUCAGAAGUAACCAGUAUGUACAUAAGUUGUCGUUUUGACAACUCAGUUUUAAGUUUUUUGUAUCUAUCACUCACCAUUUCAGGUACUCCCUCAACCUGGUAAUGUUCAAAACAGAAGUGUGCAUGUUAACACACUGAAUAAUAAAAAGCCACAGUCUGUCCUCCUUUAAGCCAGCAAAGGAAGUUUGUCAGUAGAUGUAAUGAAAUGUUGCGAUUAUACAUAUUUUUUUCUGUAUUUUAUUCUUCCUUGUACAUUAUGCUAUGGCACAAUAGUAAUGCUUUUGGUGGCUGUGGGUUUUGAACAUAUUGCAAUUUGAAGAGCAGAUUAAAUAUCCAGUAAACAUGUUUUUGACGUGACUACACUGAGAGUGUUGAUUUUCAUAGGAUAUAAGCUCUGAGUAGUAACUUAUUAAACACCAGAAGUUAAUCUGUUUACCCGUUUGGCAGCUCAGCAGUCCCACGCACUCUGACCAAGACCUGAAGUUUUAAUGUCACUGUGCUUUUCAAAAGUAGUGACUUUCUUAAUUUGUUGCCUUAAGUACCAAUUUUUUCAGCUUUCUGCUGAGCAAUACUCAAUAUUUGUAUGUAAUAUGGAGUUUUAUGCCUCAUAAGAAUUUUAUGUUGUCCAAUUAAUUUUCACAGCCAGGGUCUGCUCUGAAGAUAAUGUGUUCAUUAACUCUUAAAAUACCUGUUUAAAAUGGGAUGGGUAAAUGGAAAUUCUAUUAAAAUAAAGAACAUUUUGUACUGGAGGGUAUUUAUUUUAUGCUU